AUGUGCCCCUGGUCUGGGGUGAAUGGAACAAAAGCACGCAAGGACGGGCACUAGACAGCUGGCAGUGCCCGCUGCAGGGACGGAUGGUGGGUCUGGAGAAAGCCCUCGCCAUGCGUUUGCCAGAAUCACUCCGGGGAAAGUUCCAGAAGCCCCCCGCCCCCCGGGCGCCCUUGCACAGGCCUGCAUGACGGAACCAGGCCUGGAGGCCCUCACCCGCUCUUGGCUCCCCUCCUCCCCCUGUUUUUGUUUUCAUUUGGGUUUUUUUUUUCUUUUUGGGUCACACCUGGCGAUACUCAGGGGUUACUCCCGGCUCGGCACUCAAGAAUCACUCCUGGCGGUGCUGGGGGACCAUAUGGGAUGCCGGGGAUAGAUUCCGGUUUGGCCUUGUGCAAGGCAAACGCCCUACUUGCUCCGGCCCCCUCUCCCUCCCCCUGAUCCUAUGACAACUACUUCUCCACCGACAACCUGAACAAGAGGCUCUCGCAGAAGCUUCUGGGCACCCCGCCCCCAGCCGCUCUGGCACUCAGCCACUGCAGAAGUCUCUCAAAGCGGGAGAGGAGGACCAUGUUAGAGACCUUGGAUUUCUCCUGCCUCAGGAAGCACCCCAGGGCCAUAUAGGGAUGCAGAGCUGGGGGGGGGCGCUGUACCCCCAUUAAAGGUCCCCGCUCUGUGCAAAAAAAAAAAAAAAAUCUAAUCAACCCAGCACAGUGCAGGAGGCAGGGGUGAGGCAACCCAGGCAGUCUGGCCCUGGGGCCCCACUUCCGGUUUCAGUCAACCAGGAUGCUGAGGACUUCUGGGCUGGGACACUGCUUCUCCUAAAACCCUGUCCCUCAGCCCCUUCCUAGGAGCCGCUGAAAUCACCCCACUGCAAUUGCUCACGAGCUCAAGGAUCCUUUUCUAUCCGUCGGACAAGAGGGUUGAGCUUCUAGAAAAACAGAACGAGAGGAGCAACCUGAAGGGACAGGGGCAAGUUGUCACGGGGAUGGUGGCUGAGAGGACCCGGUGGCUCAUUUUGGAAAUUUACAAGAAGAUAAUUUAGGACGGAGAACAGGGACCUGCAAGGAGAAGUUCUCAUCCCAGAUAAGCAGUCUGCUUCUCCCCAAGCAUGGCCCCAAGCAAAGGGACUCACUGUAAUCACAAAGUUUUUCCUGGUGUCUUAUCUAAAUCCUUUGAUCAUUCCAACCUGGAUUUUUUUUUUUUUUUGCCUCCUUAGAAAUUCUCUUCGCAGCCUUGAUGGAAGGUUGGAGGGAUAAGGAGGGAAGUGUGUUUGCUAUUCCCUGCACCAGCAGUUCUAUUUGGGACAUGUAUUCUGUGGAAACAGACAAAGAUGCUUAAUGAAGCUCUACUGUGACCAAAAAUAAACGAAAGUCCCGUCAUAGCAAACAUCCUGACGGUGAUCAUCCUGUCCCAGCUGGUGGCCAGGAGGCAGAAGUCCUCCUACAACUAUCUCUUGGCCCUGGCCGCUGCGGACAUCUUGGUCCUCUUCUUCAUCGUCUUCGUGGACUUCCUGCUGGAAGACUUCAUCCUGAACAUGCAGCUGCCGCGGGUGCCCGACAAGAUCAUAGAAGUGCUGGAGUUCUCGUCCAUCCACACGUCCAUCUGGAUCACCGUCCCCUUAACCAUCGACCGCUACAUCGCCGUGUGCCACCCACUCAAGUACCACACCGUCUCCUACCCGGCCCGCACGCGGAAGGUCAUCGUCGGCGUCUACAUCACCUGCUUCCUCACCAGCAUCCCCUACUACUGGUGGCCCAACAUCUGGACCGAAGACUACAUCAGCACCUCCGUGCACCACGUGCUCAUCUGGGUCCACUGCUUCACCGUGUACCUGGUGCCCUGCUCCAUCUUCUUCAUCCUGAACUCCAUCAUCGUGUACAAGCUCCGGAGGAAGAGCAACUUCCGCCUCCGCGGCUACUCCACGGGCAAGACCACCGCCAUCCUGUUCACCAUCACCUCCAUCUUCGCCACCCUCUGGGCCCCCCGCAUCAUCAUGAUCCUCUACCACCUCUACGGGGCGCCCAUCGAGAACCGCUGGCUGGCGCACAUCAUGUCCGACGUGGCCAACAUGCUGGCCCUCCUGAACACGGCCAUCAACUUCUUCCUCUACUGCUUCAUCAGCAAGCGCUUCCGCACCAUGGCCGCCGCCACGCUCAAGGCCUUCUUCCGGUGCCAGAAGCAACCCGUGCAGUUCUAUACCAACCAUAACUUUUCCAUAACCAGCAGCCCCUGGAUCUCGCCAGCCAACUCGCACUGUAUCAAGAUGCUGGUGUACCAGUACGACAAAAACGGGAAGCCUAUAAAAGUCUCCCCGUGAAGCCCUGGGGGGCACCCCGUGUGCCCCUAGCUGACCCCUUUCCAGAUGGGAGAGAGUGGCCCAUCCUCUGGCUGCCCCGCCUUCAGAGCGCUCACCUGAUUUCCUGUCUCCACGGACUGGGAGGAGAGGCAAGGUGACCGAGAAGAGGGAAAAGCAUGUUUUCAUCUGCGCCUCUAUUUCCGCCGCGUCGUAGCGACAGCAAGGAGCACCUGCCACUUUGGCAAAUGCCCGCGAAGGUUGUGUGGCCGGGAAGGCGACGACACAGUAGAGAAUUAUAGUCUGUGACUUAGCCGUGGCACCCUCCACCACCGUCACCCGGGCACCGCUCGGUUGUUUUGUAUUUUUCUUGUGACACACCACGCUGCAGUAGCACGUAGUCGAGCCACGUUCGUCUAGGAGCUGAGACCACCCAUCGCUUCCUGUGCUCUUCGCCGUAGUGCACGCUGGUGACCAGUGCAGUGUUUUCCCCAGGUGCCCGUUGUCCUAGAUAGUGUUGUGGUCGGAGCCCUGGCACCCCGACAAGCAGGAUGACUCUGCAGGGACCCAGGAGUACUGCAUUCUCUCCGGACUCUGACCAGAGGCUCUGCAGAAAGACUCCAAACCCACGUGACUCAGCCCUUCAGACUUAGAGUCAGUGACGUAACCUUUCUAUUCGCUAAUAUUUUAGAGAUCUUAUCUAUCGCCUCCCAAACUACGACCCUGCCUGUUACAGGAGGGGCGAGGAGGAAUUUUGAGCCCAGGAAAACAAAAAAUAUAUCUAGAGCCUACUCUUGCCAAGCCUUCUUCCCGUGCCCUCUGUGAAUGAUCCCUUCUUUAAGGAACUUUUCAGGGUGCUUCCACCCAGGAGACUCCUCCCGUGUUUGACCCCACCCAUCUGCUUGCUGAAUCCCUCCCCAGGGAGUUGGACCAGAAGCGGCUUCUGGUCUGGUGUUUCCAGGGUCAGAAGCUGUCACUGUCCCGUGGUGAAAGGAGAUGGCUUGGCCCUGCCCCACAGCACAGCCAGCGGGGCCAUUCAGAACAGAUGCAGAUGCGAUUGGCAUGGAAAGGUGCCCACGAUGCCUGCCAGUCUGCCCUCCACUGCCAUGGUUCCAGCAGUGGUGCCAGUAUUCAGGGAGGUUAAUGAACCCCGGGCCCUUUGCACGACGGUAAAUGUGAAAUUUUUUUUGUUUGCUCUCUCCUUGCCUGUCUAAACAAAACACAGUGCCAGAAUGCAAUUACCAGAAGUUUCCCUGGGUAUUACCACUCAUCUGUGUGUGCCCAUGCAUUUACACACAUACAUACACACAACACACACACAUGCACACACACACUAUUUUAUCCAGCUUUUCUGUAGCCAGGGGUGAAUUUAGAAACAGAAAUUUAUCCUAAAUUUCCUCUUCUUUAACCUUUUUUGAAACCUCCCUAUCCCUGCUUUGGCGGGGGGGGGGGGGUGGGAAUUCUCCCCAAACUAUUUUAGAAUGACCUCGUGGGGCCAGAGAGAGAUUACAGUGGGUAAGGCACUUGCCUUGCACAUGGCUAACCUGGGUUUGAUUCUGAACAAAAGCAGGAGUGCUCCCUGAGCACCGCCACAUGUGAUGCAAAAAAACGAAAACAACCACCACCAAAAAACAACCCACCAUCAUAUUUGUGUUGCCAAAACAAAAAGCAAACCAGAGGGCCUGGGCUGCCUCUGUCUGGGUUUUCACAACACGUUUGUCCUAAAUUUGGAAGCCCCGGCCACCCCUUCGAAGGGAAUUUGCAAUAAGAGAGUUGGCAGAGGAGCCCCCCACCCGCCGGCGUCAGCCAGAGCCCUCCGUGCGAAGUAGCAUUCCAGACCGUUGGCCCUGAUGGUCCUCACCUCCACGCCUUUGAAGUGAGUGCAGCUGAGUCUGGUCUUACCCUGGGACUAGGUGCUGAGCCUGUGCAAUAGGGACAGUUCCCCCCAGCCUAAUUACCUCUGCCAAGUCCUUCUCAGGAACGGCCCGUACCGGAGACCAAACGCCCUCCUGGGGAGGCGCAGACACGGGGGGCAGGUGGCUGGAUUGGGGGUGAAGGAGGAGCUAGACAGGGCUGGCUGGCUGCCUUGCAGUGAAAAAAAACCAACCAGAUUUGGGGGCUCUCAAGUGUCUAAGAGGGGAUGGAGCGAGAUAGUCCAGCAGGGAGGGCGUUUGCCUUGCACGUGGCCGACCUGGGUUCGAUCUCUGGCAUCCCAGAUGAUCCUCUGAGCACUGCCAGGAGUAAUUUCUGAGUGCAGAGCCAGGAGUAAGCCCUGAGCAUUGCUGGAGGUGACCCAAAAUGACAAAAAAAAUUUUUUUUAAUUAUAAAAUGUCUAAGAAACACUAGGGUCACCCCGUGAGCCAAGAGUCAGCUCGUGGGAGUUGUCUGCAAGAUGGGCUAGACCAAUCUCCCCACCCAAGCUCAGUCUCCCCGGAGUAUACACACAGCCAGUGGCACGUGGGCCCCCACACCCCCAUGGCGUCUCUUUCCACGUGGGUUGCUUUGGCUAAGUCCAUGCAGUCCCUCAUGUGAAUGAUGUCACUUCACCACAUCCUCUGAUGAAGGAACCAAAGGCUCCCUCCACUGAAUAGCUCUGUAGAUCUCUCCCUCCCUCUCUACCUACGCUGUUUUCUAAAUGCAGAGCUCUGAAAACCGCUCCUGAGAGCUCUCCGUGGCCGAGUGCAAUAUUUAUGAGGACUAGUGCAAUUCCUUCUGGAGAAUGUAUGGAGGACGGACACUCCGUAUGGGACUCCCCCACGCUCCGUUCCUUGUUUAUAAUUGUACGUGGACAUGAACUGUAGCUGUGUAAAAUGUAAAAAAAAAAAAAUACUGGGUGUUUGGAAUGUUUCCCUACCCACUCGUUUAUCCCACCUCUCAAAGCCGAGGGGCGGUUCCCAGCAGCACUGACUCUUGUUCUCUCCGGACUGUAUUUAAGAGUUGGAUCAAUGAUCUUCAACCAAGCUCUGAUUCGUGAUGGCACUUCAGGAUUUGUUUCUGCUGGUUAGAAAGCCUCGGAGUGCCCCUCCCCACCCCACCCCCAUUGCCCGCUCCCCCAGAUCCUUGUAUUUCUGAUCAUUGAAGAGAUUUUAACUUAUUCUUAUUUAUAGUCAUGAUCGUGGGUGAUGAUGAAGAGAUUUUUGUUUUAAAAAAAAACAAACAAACAACUCGCAAGUGUCUUCUUUCGGGUCAGUUCUAGAAAGAACGCCCUGAGAGUUGCAGCGAUGGCCUUUCAGCCUUUGCCUUACGUGGGGAGUUGGCGGUGUCGCUUUGUAGGACUGCUAAGUAGCGUCUCUCUCUCUCUCUCUCUCUCUCUCUCUCUCUCUCUCUCUCUCUCUCUCUCUCUCUCUCUCUCUCUCUCUCAUGCAAGAUGUGUCCUUGGUGUGGCUCGCGGGGACGCAAACAGGCUGUGUCUUUGUACAGAACAGCUCAAGGACUGUGACGACACGGAGGAGGGUGGCAGUCAGGCCACGGACGACAGGGGCGGAGAAAGCACCUACCGCCAUUUUGCAAACGCUCUGCAGUGGGCAAGAGAUGGCAGUGCACAGUUUGCCUGCUGGUCCAUCC